AAGGAUAAGACUUGAACUUCUCUGUGGUCCCGGGCUGAGAAAGGAUCCUGACAGAAAGCUAGAGGCGUAAAGAAGCCUGAGGAAUCUCAUUGUAACUCUGGGAACUGUUUUAAAGAAGCUAGAGUGCCAGAGAAGACUUUUGAAGUGUGAAGAGAUUUCCUGUAAUUGAAAUCAACAUGUCAUUUAUAGAUCCUUAUCAGCACAUUAUAGUGGAGCACCAUUAUUCCCACAAGUUCACAGUAGUGGUGUUACGUGCCACAAAAGUGACAAAGGGGGCCUUCGGUGACAUGCUUGACACUCCAGACCCCUAUGUGGAACUUUUCAUCUCCUCAACCCCUGACAGCAGGAAGAGAACAAAACACUUCAAUAAUGACAUAAACCCUGUGUGGAAUGAGACCUUUGAAUUUAUUUUGGAUCCUAAUCAGGACAAUGUUUUGGAGAUCACGUUGAUGGAUGCCAAUUACAUCAUGGAUGAAACGCUCGGGACAGCAAUAUUUCCAAUAUCUUCUAUGAAAGUGGGAGAGAAGAAAGAGGUUCCUUUUAUUUUCAACCAAGUCACUGAAAUGAUUCUGGAAAUGUCUCUUGAAGUUUGUUCAUCCCCAGACCUCCGAUUUAGUAUGGCUCUGUGUGACCAGGAGAAAGCUUUCCGACAACAGAGAAAAGAAAACAUAAAGGAAAACAUGAAGAAACUCCUGGGUCCAAAGAACAGUGAAGGCUUGUAUUCUACACGUGACGUGCCUGUGGUGGCCAUACUGGGCUCAGGUGGGGGGUUCCGAGCCAUGGUAGGAUUCUCCGGUGUGAUGAAGGCACUGUAUGAAUCAGGAAUUUUAGAUUGCGCUACCUACAUUGCUGGUCUUUCUGGAUCUACGUGGUACAUGUCAACUUUAUAUUCUCACCCUGAUUUUCCAGAGAAAGGGCCAGAGGAGAUUAACGAAGAGCUAAUGAAAAGUGUUAGCCACAACCCUCUUUUACUUCUCACACCACAGAAAAUUAAAAGAUACGUUGAGUCUUUAUGGAAGAAGAAAAGCUCUGGACAACCUGUCACCUUUACUGAUAUCUUUGGGAUGUUAAUAGGAGAAACACUAAUUCACAAUAGAAUGAACACUACCUUGAGUAGUUUGAAGGAAAAAGUCAAUACUGGACAGUGCCCUUUGCCUCUUUUCACCUGUCUCCACGUCAAACCCGAUGUCUCAGAGCUGAUGUUUGCAGAUUGGGUUGAAUUUAGUCCAUAUGAGAUUGGCAUGGCUAAAUAUGGUACUUUUAUGGCUCCUGACUUAUUUGGAAGUAAAUUUUUUAUGGGAACAGUUGUAAAGAAAUAUGAAGAAAACCCCUUGCAUUUCUUAAUGGGUGUCUGGGGGAGUGCCUUUUCUAUAUUGUUCAACAGAGUCUUGGGAGUUUCUGGCUCACAAAGUAAAGGUUCCACGAUGGAAGAAGAACUAGAAAAUAUUACAGCAAAGCAUAUUGUGAGUAAUGAUAGCUCGGAUAGUGAUGAUGAAUCACAAGAACCCAAAGGCACUGAAAAUGAGGAAGCAGAAAGGGAAUAUCAAAAUGAUAAUCAAGCAAGUUGGGUCCAACGUAUGAUAAUGGCUUUGGUGAGUGACUCAGCUUUGUUUAAUACCAGAGAAGGACGAGCUGGGAAGGUGCACAACUUCAUGCUGGGCUUGAAUCUCAAUACAUCCUAUCCGAUGUCUCCUUUGAGAGACUUUACCACCCAGGAGUCCCUGGAGGAAGAUGAAUUGGAUGCAGCUGUAGCAGAUCCUGAUGAAUUUGAACAGAUAUAUGAGCCUCUGGAUGUCAAAAGUAAAAAGAUUCAUGUGGUGGACAGUGGCCUCACAUUUAACCUGCCAUACCCCUUGAUCCUGAGACCUCAAAGAGGAGUUGAUCUCAUCAUCUCCUUUGACUUUUCUGCAAGGCCAAGUGACUCCAGUCCUCCGUUCAAGGAACUUCUACUUGCAGAAAAGUGGGCUAAAAUGAAUAAGCUCCCCUUUCCAAAGAUCGAUCCUUAUGUGUUUGAUCGAGAAGGACUGAAGGAAUGCUAUGUCUUUAAACCCAAGAAUCCUGAUGUUGAGAAAGAUUGCCCAACUAUCAUCCACUUUGUUCUGGCCAACAUCAACUUCAGAAAGUACAAGGCUCCAGGUGUUCCAAGAGAAACUAAGGAAGAGAAAGAAAUAGCUGAUUUUGAUAUUUUUGAUGACCCUGAAUCACCAUUUUCAACCUUCAACUUUCAAUACCCAAAUCAAGCAUUCAAAAGGCUGCAUGAUCUGAUGUAUUUCAAUACCCUGAACAACAUCGAUGAAAACACAUUUUAUCAGAAUCAAAGCUUCUUGGCAAGUGAGGAUAAAUAAAGAACAGCCAAAGUCUGAGGUAGGAUGCUGGGUCACUAGGCUCAAUCAUGAGCCAAAUCACUCAUUCUCACACGAUUUGAUGAGAGUAGGUGACUUAUUCACGCUGCAGCAACACAACACAUGUUUACUUGCCACAGACUAUUGGAGUUUUUCACCAAUUGUGGACACUGUGUAUAUAAACUCUUCUAAUGCAAAGACAUCUGACCACCAAUCCCAUGGAGGCAGUUUUCAACUUUGUGGCCACCACCACCGUGACUUAAGGCAAAUUUUCGUCUUCAAUUCACAUUCUGACUUAAAUCUUUACUCUGAAAAUGUCAACCUGUCUCUGACAGCUCUGUUGCUGUGCUUCUGUUGCUUCAUUUUCCCCAGAGAUUCUAGCAGCCCUGCUUUGCUGAAGCUAAAUUCCAGUUCAUCUUUAGAGAACUGUUUUGUUUUUGCUCACUUCAUGACAGCAGGCUGGGUUUCUCAUUAGUGUCGGGUUUCUGCACUUACUCAGUCCUCCCAAAUUCCUUUUCACUGCACGUUGCCUAAGUGCUUUUUACAAUGGCAGCAUUUCCUGGUUGUUGUUUAUUUUUUUGUCUUUUUUUUAAUUUUAAGAAACCUAAUAUAUAGUGACUUACAGUGGUAGACAUGUGGUGUGUGGAAAAUGCAGAGGCUUUCGAGUUAAACCAAAUCGGGUACUCAGAUUUUUGCUUGUGCCUCUUCGCUACGUGACGUUGGGCAUGUUGAUUAACCUUUCCAAAUUUCACUUUCCUCAUUUGUAAAAGGAAACAAUGAUACAGAUUUUUAUAGGAUUGGGAUGAGGAUUAAGUAAAAGAAUAUAAUUUAAGAGCUUGGUGCGUACGAGACACUCAGUUGAAACAGGUAAUAUGUUAAUGAUAAUAAUUAUUAUUCAUGUCCAUAUUUAUCUUCUGCUUUUAAUUAUAAAUUUAAACCCUUUAAAAACAAUGACUUGCCUUAUUUACCUUGUAUCCUCCAGAGGUACUGAUCACAAUGCCCAGCACCUAAAAUAAAUAUGCAACAAAAUUUUCAUAAAUCAUUUUAAAAAUGUCAUCGAGUUACUGGCUGAAACUGUUGAAGAAUUUAAUGUAAUAGGAGGAAUGAGUAGUGAGUGUCAGGGUACAGGGCCUGUUGGUGGGAGGCAGAUGCCUGACUGUGGAGAAUCUCCAGGCAAUGUAUGCCUGCCCAGGUAGUGUGACUACAUGCUCUACCCAUAAACUACCACCUCGAUCUAGAGGAAAUACACUUUCUGAGAUCUCUUUUCCAGGACCAGUUAUCACAGGAAAAUGUACUGUUAUGCAGUCUCACUCAUUCAAUUUAUUCAUUCAGUUGGCCUAUUUUAAAGGCAGUGACAGCAUACCAAUGCUGCAUAAUCAUGAGCUUUUAAAAUUCUUUCUCCAGUGAUCCUGUAAAGUGUUAAAUUUUAAGUGUUAAUUAAAAUGAGGAAAAGCAUAUAUCCAGAAGUACUGGUAUUUACUUCUUCAUUUACUGAUAUUUCAUCAUCAUGUUAAGAGUGUCUAGGUACAAGUUAAAGUUUUUAUCUUUUACAAAAUAAUUUAGAAGCUUAUUAUGUAUCAUAGCCUUAUUUUUUUAUGUGAUAUCUCUAGGCAUUUCUUUUUCUUUUUAAUUGAAGUAUAGCUGAUUUACAAUACUGUGUUAGUUUCAGGUGUGUAGCAUAGUGAUUCAGUUAUACAUAUAUGGAUAUCUAUAUCUAUAUCUCUCUCUCUAUAUAUAUAUGUUCCCUUUCAGGCUUUUUUUCCCUUUUAGGUUAUUACAAAAUAUUGAGUAUAGUACCCUGUGCUAUACAGCAUGUCCUUGUUGGUUAUAAUGGCCUUCUAUAUCAGGCCCAAAUUCAUUUACCUUUAAUGCUACCUAUAAUCUUUUUAUAUCUUAUUUAUUUAUUAAUUCAAUACAUAUUUAUUGAGUA